AUGUCAACAAUGAAUCCAUUCUCUGGUCGCUUGCGAAUAACGGCGGCCGCCUCAAACCGCAUCAUCCUCUCUCAACCGGGUUUUAGAUUUCGCAGCGCAGCUGUACGUUCAUCGUCGUUCUCCACUCAUACUCCUUCUGCAUACCCUGAACGAUCGCAACAGGAGGAACUUUGUCAGUUAAAGCAACAAACAGAUACUACUGAGGCAGACAACGCUCUUGUCGGAAAAGCAAAAUUCAACAAAGAUACACAAUUGCAAAAGACGUUGGCUGCCACCAAGGCUUAUCUAGAGAGAUUUCAAGCCGACCUAAAACCUCGUCUACAAGCAUAUCUUCAAAAAAUAAACCAAGCAUCUCAACAAUUGAAAACACUCACUGCAGAGGUCAACGAUUCUAAAGAAGCACUCAGAAAAGCCAGUAGUAUGUUGAACGAAUUGACGGGGUAUAAUGAAAUUGAUACGAUGAAAAAACGUGUAAACCAUCAAGCUACUGUAUUUGAGGCCACACGAGAUCAAGUUCAAGAAGCCAAACUGGCUUAUGAAGCAGCCAUAGAAACAAGAUCUUCAACACAAAGAGGCAUCAACGAACUUCUUCAACGCAAACAUCUAUGGACAGGUGAUGACGUUACAAAAUUCACAGAGCUUUACCGCUUAGAGCAUGCUCACAGUCAAGCCGAAGCGGCUGCUAAAGAAAAAUAUCAAGCUUCCGAAAAGCAAAUGGACAGAGAAUACAUGGAAUUGGCUAGAUCAAUUAUGGAACGAUAUCAUGAGGAACAAUUAUGGAGUGAUAAAAUCAGGAGUGUCAGUACUUAUGGUACAUGGGCACUGAUGGUGGUGAAUUUAUUAUUGUUCGUUGCUGUACAAACGAUAUUUGAACCGCGCAAAAGACAAAAACUAACAGAUCGAUUUGAGGAACUGUUAGUAGCUAAAGUAAACGAAGAGGAGGAGAAAUUUAGAACUUUAUUAGAUGAAAAGGAUAAAUUGUCGUUGCAACAACAGACGGCUUUGCUAGCAACUUUGAAUGAGUUGGCACAACAUCCUCUUUUUGAAGAGAAGGAUAUCGUUCAAACUCUGUUACAGCAAGCAUCAUCAGCGUCGUUACCAACAACAUCAUCACAGUCGGUUCCAAUAGCGGAAAAAAGCAAGGAGGAGAUGCUGACGAUACCAGUUGUCGAUAAUGUAGCAAUAGAACCAUCAGAAUCAUCGCCAUCAUUUAUAAGUGAUGAGGAGCUACAAACAUCAGCUUCAUUCACGCCAUUACCAACAACAUCAUCACAGCAAUUUCCUAUAGAAGAAAGUAAGGAGACGCUAGCGAUACCAUUUGAUGAUAAUGCAAUAAUAGAAACAUCACCAUUGUCGUCACAAUUUAUAAAAGAUGAGGAGCUACGAAAGUUAGCUUCUUCCUCACCCUCAGAACAAUCCAAUCAUUUUGUAGAGACAUUUGAAAAGUUGAAUCAUGUAAAUGAUACGUCAGUAUUAAACCAAAAUCAAGACUCAUCCAGUCUCACUUUGAGUAAAAACAAACUGAUCUUAUAUACCUUAGAAAGUGCGUUGGCGGGUGGAUUACUUACAGCCGCUGCUGCCUAUUUUUUCAAAUAA